AUGGCCGACAAAGCCACGCCUCACAAGGGUCCCGUGCAAGUGGAACCCACGAACGCCGCGGACAAACGACAGCAGAGCGAGAGGGAUGCAAAGGCAUGGAAGAACGAGAUCCGCGACCGCAUCGUCGAGCCUACGGACGAGAUAGACUUCUUCCUGGCAGAGUUCGUCCACUCUAAGAAACGAAUGCCCGCUUGUCCCGACACUAAGUUCAAUGGCGUUGUGCCGACCGGGAAAGGGAAGGAGCACGACAUGUAUGAGCCUCUGAUACAGGGCCUCACCAGUCUGGUCCAAAGGUUUCCCCUUAGAAUCCGCCCGCAGUUUCUCAACCACGCCCACAAUAUCAUGCGGUUUCCGUUUGCUCUGUGCGACGAGGAACAGCACGUUACGAUGCCGGACAUCAUCGCGACCAUCCCUGGACUCCCAAUAAUCCCUCCUUUGCAUCGCUGGCGACACGUCGCCCUCGUUUUUGAGGCGAAGCCCCGAGCGGCGGACGACCCCAUGUUGACGACCACGGACACGCACGAGGAAACUCUCAUCCAGCUGGCGAAGAGCGCGCGCAACAUCAUGCUCGCUCAGGGCAGAUUGUACGCUUUCGUUGUUGGCAUCUAUGGGCAUCAGGCUCGCAUAUUCCGCUUCGACCACGCGGGCGCUGUGUGCUCUCCGCGUUUCGAUUACGUGAAACGUCCCGACAUCCUACACGAGUUCUUGUGGCGCUUUCUCAACCCCACAGAAAAGGACUGUGUUGUGGUCGGUGAUGAUCCGACAUCUAGCCUCGGUACGCACAAGGAUCGUGCGCUAGUCCAGGAAUGGGCGAGCGAAUAUGACCCUUCCUAUACGUACACCGCGGAGAACAGAAAGGCCGUACGUCGAUUUGUUGUUACGAACGACCAGAAGAACAAGACGCAGUAUCUGGCGUACAAGCUCAUCUCCGUUAACCCUCGGCUGUUUUCGCGCGCGACGACGAUCUGGGAGGCUUUCGAGCUCGACGAGGAUGGCGAAGCGACGGGCAAGCGUGUCAUCAUCAAGGAGGCCUGGCGGCAGUUUGUACGUCCGUCAGAGAUAGGCUUCUACCGGGCCAUGCAAGAGGUCGUAGAGAAGGCAGAGGAGGGCGCAGCGUUGUCUCUGCGCGGUAUUGCCGAGUUCGAGUACGGCGACGACCUCGGCUUGCGCGAGGCAAGAGACCUUGAUGAUCUAGCACGCCUUGAAGACCCUGACGCCAGCUACGACGGUGCUGACGCCGGCGUGCAGUCUGAAGAGCCGAAUGACCCGGAUACAUUCCCCCGGUUAAGGCUCCCCUACCAGCGCGUGUUCGGGCAUCGCACUGUUACCGCCCGCUGCAGAGAUGCGGUGCACGAGGACCACGAGCGCGGUCAUAUGCGCCUGGUUUUGAAGUCGAUUGGUACACCGAUCACGGAGUUCGAGUCGACCUAUGAGCUGAUACGCGCUAUGUGUGACGCCAUUGAAGGUCACAGGCAGGCAUACAUGGCCGGAAUUGUUCAUCGAGACAUCAGCAAAGGCAACGUGAUGAUUGCAAGAAGGGAUGGCGAUCCGUCUACUGGCUUUGUUCACGACUUCGACUAUGCGUCCAGUUGGAAGCGCUUCUUGGUAAGCGAGGGAAAGCCUGUGGAUUUGGAGAGUUGGAUACAGUACGCCCGCGACCAAUAUGCACCUAUGCGGACACGCAUCCUAGAGAACAUGAUGCGAAUGUUGGCGGCCCGUGAAGCAGAGGGGGGCAACAAGGGGAAGGCCGCAACGGUAGAGGACCCAAAGGCACAGAAUAAGCAACGCACGGGGACGUUGCACUUUAUGUCCGUCGAGGUUCUCUCCGGGUCUGUUACGCAUGAAGCUCGACAUGACCUGGAAUCGUUUUAUUGGCUACUCGUAUGGAUAGUCCUUCGGCACACUGCAUUCAUUCACGAGGACGAAGACGGGGCCUGGCACGGGCUAUUCGUUGCUGAUACUAUCAAGAAAUGCCGAGAGGCCAAGGAGUCGUGGUUGAAAUUGGACUAUCCUCCUGUCUUGAUCAUGCGGAACGCGCCGCUCACUGGCCUUCUGGAGGAUUUCCGACAGCUCUGCCGCACGAACUUUGACAACGCGGAGUUGAAAACCAAGUGCAUGACGCAUGAGGACGUCUUGAAGAUCUUCAACAAAGCUCUGGAAAACCGCGACCUGUGGCCCCAGGGCGACAGUGCAAAGCCCUGGACUCUACCGAAAAGUGACAGGUCGGAUCCGGGCCUGAACGAGCCCUCAGGUCAAUCUCGGACCAAAGGCACCAUGACCUACAGCUCGCAGGCAGCAUUGCGCAGUGCGUCUCUUCCGGGUAGCCGGCGUCAGCCAAAGCGUCCUAUACGUCCGCCGCCCGCCGCAGAUGCACCUGACGAAGAGCAGACCGACACGGAUACCGAUGUGGAGGAUCAAGCAGGUCCCAGUAGGCGGAUGGUGCGCGGUAGGCAGGCCCAACGACGGGUUGCCGUGCAGCACACCUCCAUCGUGACAUCUCAGGCCUCAGGAACCAACGAAGCGCCGCCGUCCAGUGGCAGCGACUCGCUCAAACAACAUCCGUCCGGAUACGCUCUGCGCUCGGCGAAGAGUGAGAAGGCGGAUAAGUCGCAACCGUCGGCGAGGAGCAAUUCUCACAAGCCCGGACUUCCCCCGCCUUCAAGAACCCGCUCUGCUGGUUCACAAAGCCAGUCUGCCAGACGCCUUGCUAGUAGGCACGACGCGGCGUCAAAGAGAGGGAGUAGUGCGACCAAGCGGGCUCGUACGCGCGGAGACGAUGACGAGGUGGAGGAUGACGCCGGUGCAUCUCAGUCUUCGAAACGUCUGAGGACGCUCAGCCAGCCACGGACCGGCCAAAGCUUACGAAAGACUCGAGGCAGACGGUGA